AUGGCACCGGGAGAAAAGCCCGAAAUUUUUCAGCGUGGACUUCAAGCGCUGGAAGCAGAAAACGUUCUUCUACCUGACCACACUCAAUUUGCAGCGCUUUAUCAGCCAGGACAUUUCAACGGCUUGUACAAUGUUUAUAGCGUCAUGAAAAUAUCAAGAGAGUUGUGGAAUGCUUUUGAAAAGAAGUACAAGACUGAAAAUGCUGGACUUAAGAAGUUUGUGGCCACCAAAUUUUUGGAUUUCAAAAUGAUUGACGACAAAUCUAUCAUAACGCAAGUCCAAGAAUUGCAACUGCCUCCGCUGAGGAAGGACUUUAAGAAUUACUUGAAACAUAAGCGCAAGGAAAUGACGCUUGAAGACCUUAUUGUUCAUCUACGGAUUGAAGAGGACAACAAGGCUGCUGAAAAGAAGUAUUGUGAUAACUCAAUAAUAAUGGGAACAAAUAUUAUUGAGGAAGCAUCUACAAGCAACAGAAAGAGAAAGAAGCUAUCUGGUCCAAAGAAUUACUCGAGCAAGAAGAGGCUGGAUACAAAGCUCUUGGUAGGAAAUCCCAAGGAGUGGUGGAUUGAUUCUAGAACCACUCGCUAUGUUUGUACUAACAAAGAAUUAUUUGCCUCUUAUGUUUCCGCAGGACCCGACGAGACUAUCUUUAUGGGAAACUCCACAGCAGCAAAAAUUGAAGGAGUUGAAAAGAUAGCUUUGAAGAUAACUUUGGGCAAAGUUGUGACUCUAAACAAUGUUCUCCAUGUUCCUGAAAUUCGCAAGAAUUUGGUCUCUGCUGGACUUCUUAUCAAGAAUGGAUUUAAGUGUGUGUUUGUUUCUGAAAAAGUUGUAAUAAAUAAGAAUGAUGUGUAUGUAGAAAAAGGAUAUCUAACUGAGUGCCUUUCAAGUUGA